AAUCAAUCAAACGUCAAUCGAAAUAUCAAUUUCUUUCGAGCGUAGAUUUUUGAAUUAUAAUGUAAUAUCUGAAUUCUGACAGAAUUUACAAAAAAAUUAAUAAAUAAGAUUCCGACCAGGUUUGUAGGUUUUUUAGGAAAAAGUAUAAAACCUAAAACAUGUCUAAUGAUAAAAGUACUGAAAAACCUGGUGAAGGCCUGCGCUCGCUUAGGUCCAGUGCAGCAUUUCGAGUCAUCAAUUUUGAGCUUUAUGCUAAACCAAACAUAGUCAUAAUGAGUAUAGGACUAGCAUGCUUUGGAAUAGCUUUAGGCUAUAUCGCAUAUAUGAGGAGUAAAUAUGAAUCUAUGGGUUAUUAUGCUGCAGUAGACAAAGAUGGUAAAGAAAUAUUUGAGAAAAAAAAAUCAAAAUGGGAUUAGUAAGGUUUGGGCUUAGAUCAUAUUCUUAGGGUUUGCAUCAUGUUAGAUAAUGUUUAUAAAAUACUUACCUAGAGGAUAAAGUAAUGAUAAAAAAUGAAAGUUUUUGCUUUUCAUAAACUACCCUUUCAAUUGAAGUCAGGAGGUUCCAUAUAAUAUGCUUAUGUGCCCUAACAGCCAUGAAAAGCUUGUUGGCACAGUCUACCUCAUAAGGAAUAAAGAUGUGAUUAUGAUAUGUUUUAAUAAUUACCAAACAAAUUUCCUAAGAAAUAUAUUUUACUUAAUUUACUUGUGAAGAGCAUAUUUACACUUUCAAUAAACUAUCUGUUAAGUAGGUAAAUACCUAUCUAUUUGUAAAUAAAAAAAUAACUUGA